UGAACUUAACCGCGUCCACUCCGCUGCAUUCAUUAUCCGUCGUUAAUUUGCAUUUCGAUCAUUUAGUUUUAUUUCUCAGAACUCGGUAGGCUUUAAAAAUGGUGUGAAAGAUUAGUCUAACAUGAUGUGGACUUACAACGAAAGCGAAUGAGGAACUAGGGUUUAAAUUAAGGUUAAGUUAAUUUUGCUAAUCAAUUUAGCGACUUGGAUAAACAACAACUUAUUGUCUAAUUGCAGCGCUGGUUUACGUCUGGCACGUACAGUCUAACAACAGAAUAGUAACAUUAGGCUGAACGUGAAGACACAAGUGUGGUGUUAAAAUGUAUUCAAUUAAUUAGCAGACCAGGUGCAUGUGCCCUCGAUCAUCUAUUUUCCGAGUUUACGUUGAAGCAGCCAACAGGACGGAGAACAAGGUGAUUGCUUAUCAGAGGCUCAUACCUGCUCAGUUGCUUUCACGCGGUUCAGACCUCCAGACAACUUCCGGCUCCACAUAAUAAAAGUAGUUGUGGUAACUAGAAGACUCUAAAUCUAAGGACCUUCAACCACGAGCUUCUCUUUGCGGCCUGAGAUGAUCUGACAAAUUGACAGCAUUUCCUGCCUUAAUGCAAGCACUCAACUAAACCAGCAAAUCUUACCUGCUCAAGUGCUUUUUGUCAACAAUAAAAAGCUCAUUACUCAGCUUUUUCACAUUUUUUUAAAGGACUUCAACAUGAUGCGACCAGACAACAAAGGCCGAAGUGCCUCCCCUCACAGGAUAACUUACAAAUCUGACUUCCACGCCAUCAAAUGCUCAUUUGACACCCGGCCUAGGCUACAGCCAAAUACCAAAGCUGCUGUUUCUACCCAGGCCUCCGCCAUGCACCCAGUAAGGCUCCUAACCAACCUGUCAGACUCCUUCAUGUCCAACACCAGCACCAGUGGCAGCCGAGGUCGGAUCCAAAGCACCAGGGGAGCCAAGAUCAGAGAGAACAUUUUUCUUCAAAUGGACAGCCAGCAGUCAAAACAAGACAGCGCUCUGACCCCAACUUCUCUCUCUACGCCUCUUCUUCUCCCCCAAAAUCAUAGCUUCCAGCUCAAUAGUUCCCCUUUCUCUGGGUCCAGAUGUUCAGUCAUCAGUUCCUCGUCUGUUAUGAGCAGUCUAGCCAGUGUUUCUUCAGCAGAAGACAAACCUUCCGGAGCAGAGGAAAUAGCAGAUAUCGACAGAGUUGCUCUGGCUCAAAAGUUCUCUGUAACUCGAAAAUUGUUUGAAACCAAGAUGAUGGAAGGUGGGAGUUUUGGGAGGGGUGUUUUAAAGCCUCUCAGGGUAGGCAAGGGGGCUGCAGGUGGGAAAAGGGACGUGGAAAAGGAGCUGGAGGCAAAAGGGAUAAAAGCGUGCAUAAACGAGGAUGGGUUUGAUAAAGAGGCAUCCGUAAACCACAUCAUAAACGUUUCCUCGCUGAUCCCUCAUCCUGCAGCGUCACUGACAAAGGAUCCUAAAUCACCUGCUCUCAAUGGCUCUGGUAGAGCACAAGGAAGGUAUGAUAAAACAGAGGUCCAGAGGGGAGAACGAGAAGCUCUUAACUUCUGCUCGACUUCAGAGGAAACGCUGAGAGCAGAACUUGUCAAUGUGAAGAACGAUUCUUCAGAGAGUGACGAGAACGAAGAGGAGAAGGUUUGGAAGGAGAACAAGCAGUGGCUAAAUGGUAAGACGGAAAUGCAUCAGAUCAAAGAUGGAAGAGAAAGUGAGACAUCUUUAGCAGAUGAGGUCUUUGAGGAAGCUAGAGUGGAAACGCCAAGGCAUCUUUGUUUGCUGGGAAAUGGCGUGGAGAUCGGAACAGCAACGGCUGGUUCAGGUUUUUCAUCGGAGCUCCAGGAUUCAUCGGAGAACUUGCAAAGGAACAGGAUCGAGAGUAAAAAGGAGGAGCAGAACGGAUACAGAACAGAAAGAGACAACAUGGAGAAAAAGACUGAUGCUGGAUUAGGAGAAAGUGCUUUUGUGCUGGAGAGGGUUGUGAUCAAAGAGAUGAACACCAACAAGGAAGCUGAAGGAGAGGCGGAAUGUGGCGAUGGAGAAGAUGAAUCUAGACGAGAUCAAAAGGAAGGAGGAGGGAGUGUGAGCAAAAAGGGAACACCAGAGCUGCUGGAGGAGUUUGUCAUUGAGGAGGUGAAACAUGUGGCAUCCAAAGGAGGUAGUAAUGGAAAGGAUUAUGGUGGAGGAGACAAAGAGGACCAAAUGGUAAUCUGUGGGAUUGAGAACAAAGCUUUCAUGUUUGAGCAGAACUCCCGGUCUCAUCCGGAGCUUUCAGGACCACUAAGACGGGAGCAGGAAGGCUCCCUGCAGAGGGAUAAUCAAAAAGCAGUGGAAUACGAAGAAAUUCCUGGUGUGUCUGAACUGGACAGUCAGGAUGAGGAGGCUGCAAAGAGGAGAGUCCGGUUCUCCACAGCACCAAUCCGGGUGUACAGCAUGUAUUCUAACGCCGAGUACGACAGACACAAUGAGGACAUCGAUCCAGUGUCCGCUUCAGCUGAGUUUGAACUGGAAAAGCGAGUGGAGAGGAUGGACGUGCUUCCAGUGGAGAUAGAAAAAGGAGAGGAUGGAUUGGGCAUCAGCAUCAUCGGAAUGGGUGUCGGGGCUGAUCAGGGACUGGAAAAACUGGGAAUCUUUGUCAAGACGGUCACUGAGGGAGGAGCAACCCAGAGAGAUGGAAGGAUACGGGUGAACGAUCAGAUAGUGGAGGUGGAUGGUGUGAGUCUGGUCGGAGUUUCCCAACUGUUUGCAGCCACGGUCCUCAAGAACACGUCGGGCCUCGUUAGGUUUUUGAUUGGUCGAGAGAAGGAAGGAGUGGAGAGCGAGGUGGCACGGCUAAUCAACGAGAGCUUGGAGAUGGAGAAAACUAAAAAGAGAGAAAGCAGGAGCAGUGGAGAUGAAAGUGACGACGACAGCGCGUCGGAGAGGGAGUCUGGCUUGGAGGAGGAGGAGGAUGAAGAUGUGUCUGUUCUGUCCAGUAUGGAAAACUACCAGCUCUGUCUCAAAUACCAGCAGCUUUUGUCAAAGUUGCGUAGCAGAACAGCUCAGCUUCAUCGUGCAAGAGAAAAGUUAAAGGUGUGGGAGGAGCAGCAGGCCUGUUGGCAGAGCCAGAAGGCCGAAUUGGAGCAGAGGGCACAGGAUGGAGAGGAGAAGUCCGACAAACUAGAGAAUUACUGGCAGGAGGCACAAAUACUGUGCAGAGUUGUGAGCCAGCGACUAGCUGAUGCCCAGACCCAGGCGGAAAACCUGGAGAUCAAAUACAGCAAGGCCAAGAGGCUGGUCAGAGAUUAUCAGAGCAGGGAAGAGGAGAGGGAGAAAAGAUUACUAGAUCUGAGGCGUGAAAUGGAAGAGAAAGAGAAGCGGUAUCAAGAGAUCAUUGAAAGGCUACAAAUUCAGACAGCACAGUUAGUGAAAAAAGAGGCUGACCCUGAGAGGAACAACCACUUUGUGGACUCUUCAGUCACCGGUUUGGACUGGUAUUUUCCGGUUCCUGAUACAGAACGUCUCGACUCGAGCGCUCAGCUCGCCAGAGCUCAGCUAGCUCAAAAAUCCAAACGCCACCCACCCUCACGAGACAAACUCAGAGAGAGCUUCAAAGAGCAGCAGGAGGAAGUAGUCCUCAAGCCACAUGAUAGUCAGUCACUUCCUGCUUUUACACUGGUCCAAGCCAAAAGGAGUGACCUGUCCAGCGCCUCUUCGUUCCCAGCAUUCAGUCCUCACUCUACCCCGAGCUCCCUCCUCACCCCUCCUGUCUUCAUCGAUGACAUGGUCACACCCUCACCAUGCAAAUCCUCAGCUUCCAGAAAGUCCAGAAGGAAAUUUCCAAACUUCAGUGGCCUUCGCAAGUCUCUCGGCAAAAAGAGAAAUGAAAAGUGCAGCAGAGGAGCUACAAACAGCAGGAGAUCUUGUGAUGAUCUGGUAGAUGAGCCUAGUGAGAUUUCGCCAUCAGGCUCAGUCACCUCCAUGCCUUCAUGUCUGCCCAUCCCCUGGUUUGGAGACCAAGGGAAGGAAAAGGAGAGAAGCAGGGAGAGGCUGCGGUGCGUGUCCAGCAGCAGUUUGCCUUAUCUCACCACCACAGGCAGAAGAGAUCGGAGCGUUGGCUCUCCUGUGGGCUGCUCCAGCAUGGUGGGUCAAAUCUCUGAUCACUCCCUCUCAGGGCACUCUCACACUUGCACUUUUUCCUCCUCUGAGACUUUGGAUGAUUUUCCGUUUCCCAACAACAACAACGAUCCGUGGCAAAGCCGACCCGUGUCGGAGUGGAACCACCAGCAGGUGUGUCUGUGGUUGAUCGACAUGAACAUGGAUCGGUACGCGUCCGAGUUCGCUGCCAGAGGGGUGGACGGAGUUCAGCUAGUGAAUAUGGAUAGUCAGAAACUCAAGGCACUUGGUGUGUCGAGUCAAAACGAUCGCUCUGUCCUCAAGAAGAAACUAAAGGAAAUGAGACGAGAUGAAAGGGAACAAAGGAAGGAAGACAGGAGGAUGAAGGAAGCUGAAAGCAAAGAGAAAGUGAAGAUGUUGAGUGAGAAAUCGGUGAAAGACGUUGGAAGUUUAAAAAGAACCGAGUCACUCUUGUAGAGGCUGGGCCAGACGAACCUCCAGCGGGAGUGUAUUUGGUUUUAUGUACACACACGAGACUGAAUUUUUUUAUGUAGUGCUUUUAGAUCAACUUUAUAUAUAACUUUGUUUUCUGCUGUUUUUAUUGAUUUACCAUAAUUUAUUCUACACUUGACAUGAUGUGCUGACUUUUCACACUCAGGUAUUUGCUGUAAAUGUUUUUACGUGUUAAUAAAUGUUAAAACCUUA